ACUUCCGGUGUCUUUAAAUUCUCAGCCAUUAAUCUGCUCGCAGCGCUUCUAGUGAUUUCAAGGUACCUCUGUUGUGAUUAAACGAUGGAUGAACCCGUCAGUUAGGAGAAAAGCCCUGGACGAUCAAACGACCCCUUACGAUCUGAAGCACGAUUCUGACCUGAUCACAUCGCGAACGAUCCGUGCUCGCCGUCGGUUCCUCUUUAUUUUUGCCGCAGUCAGAAAUUAUUCCUGCUCGAGGCCAGCGGACGCGCUCACUGUCUCUCUGCUCGUACAGACUUUUCCCAUUUUUAGACACGUCUCGUGUUUUAAUGCGAUGUGAAUCGUCAUUUUUGAUGCAUCUUUGACCUUGGACUGGCAGUUAUUUCUUCGGGUCUGAAAACGAGCUCGUCUUGUUUGGUUUGGUGGCUGAUCAGGUUCACUCAAGGAUUUCUCAAACAGAUAUCUGGGAGGUAUAUAAUGACGAUCGAGUGAGACAACAAGCACCUGUCUGAUUGUGAAUUAAGCAGACCAAAGGCCGUGCUAGGCAGAGAAAAGCCAGAGGCAAAAGUCACAUACUGAGUCUUUGUGCCGGGUUGGUGCUCCCCUCCUGCUGCUGGUCACCCAUCGAUUCCUGACUGCCCUCCACCUCUGAUGACAGCCAUGACCUCUCAGAGAGAUACAGACAUGGUGAAUCUGCGGCUCAUUCUUGUGAGUGGGAAGACACAGGAUUUCAUCUUCUCUCCUAAUGACUCCGCUACAGACAUCGCUCGUCAUGUCUUUGAAAACUGGCCAGCGGGUUGGGAGGAAGAGCUUGUGAGCAGCCCAAGCAUCCUGAGGCUCAUCUUCCAGGGCCGCUUCCUGCAUGGCAAUGUCACACUAGAAGCUCUAAAGUUGCCCCCUGGCCGAACAACUGUCAUGCACUUGGUUGCCAGAGAAACACUUCCAGAGCCGAAUUCUCAUGGCCAGAGGAACAGGGAGAAGACUACAGAAAGCAGCUGCUGUCUGCUGCUGUAAAUCGCAGAGGACAAACCUUCCCCACCUACUUCUCCUCUUCCUCCUCCUUCCCUCUUCUGUCUGCUCCUCACCAACCCAUGGUGCAUUCUGGAUGAUCACAGAUGAGCUCCAGGGAGAGUGACUAGGUUUCAUUCAGUGUUUUUGUUUUGUGUAGUGGCUGGGGACUCUUCUGUGCCAAGCUCAUCAAAUCUAUUCAUGUUUGCCUUUGUUUGUUUUUCAUCGUUUGUUGCCAAAAUUACUUUUUGCUUAGUAAAACAUGGCCAUUUGUUUACGGGCCUAUUCUGAAAAUAUGAAACUGUGGAAAUAUGAAAUGUUCGAAUCAUUGAAAGGAAAUUAUGUAAACGGACGUGUGAGCAGGUCUUUGGCACUAGACAAGGCUUAAUAUGCGUCAUAAUCUCAGACUUUUGAUUGCACUUAACACUGAUCCUUAUCUGAAGUCACAAUGUUUUGGUGUGUGUUAUAGUCUUAACCCUCCCAGCCUGCCUCAAACAGAAGGAGAGAGAGAAGCGUGAUAAAUGUGAACUCCAGUUUGAGGAUCAGUCUGUUGUGGUGUAGCGAUGGGAAUCUUGAUCACUGAUGGAUUUGAUUUGGUGUGCCAUUGCCACCUAUUUGUAUGCAUUUGUCCUAGGACCAAUCGGUGGCUGUCAGUCGCGGGACUCUCAAAUGUCAACACCUGUGCAUGAUCGUAGUCUAGUGUUUCCUCACCUUGGGUGUAUACCAGCCUUCUCUGAAAACUAUUCAUUCUGUCUACUUGAAUAGAUUUAUUUCAUCAUCUCCAACGAAGAAGCAUGUGGGAAGGUUGGUGAAAUGUGCUUGAUGUUAAAGUUACACAAACUGUUCUUCUCGCCCAGUCUGGAUAUCAUCUGUAUCCACUGUCAUCUAAGCACAAGUCAGUGCUAACGUUCUGUCUGAACCCUCUACUAACAUCCGUCCUGAGGGACGGUCACUGCCAUCUGAUGUGCAGAAUAUAAGGGAAUUCCCAAAAAGCUUCUGUUCUGAUGAAGAUGCUCGGCUUGAUAGCCUCCAUUAUAAGUGCUAUGGAUUCAUGGAUCCCUGCUGUGCUCCUAGGGUGAAGAUGUGAGCAGGGAGGACCACACGGAAUGGGUCCCCACUGGGCCAGAAGAAAACAAAAUGUGUUUUAUUUCCCAAUGUUUGUAAGCUUGUCUGUUAUGUUUGGCUUUUAAUUGUGGAUAAUUAUUAUUAACAAUGGUGAUCUGUAAGUCAUUUUAUUUUGUCUGAGUAUGGUUGGGCGUUUUUCAGAUGGCCGACUCAUGUAAAGUAUGCGUGGUGCGUGUGCGCGCGAGAGAGAGAGAGAGAGGAUGAAGCUGUUUUGAAAAGAUGGUGCAGUGAUUGUGGAUGAGGAUGAGGAGUCCACAGAAACUGAACGGCCAACUUAAUGCAAGUGUGUUAAUCAUCGUCACUGCUUAAAAAUUAGCUACAAAUUAUUACAUGUAUAGAAAAAAAACCUAAAUCUUGUAUUAUAAAUUAAUAAAACUUUUCAAAUAAAACUAUUGGACCUGGUAGUUUUUAAA